AUGGACUUGAAAACUGAGUUAUGUUUGGGGCUGCCUGGUGGUGGAGGAGAUCACAAUAUUAAGAAAAGAGGAUUUUCUCAAACUGUUGAUCUCAAACUCAACCUCCAUCAUAAUGAUAAUAUUCCUUCUAUGAACAUCAACAAUCCUCCAAAGGAUAAUUCCUCCAACAAGCCACCAACUAAGGCUCAAGUGGUGGGGUGGCCACCAGUAAGAUCUUUCAGAAAGAACAUGUUGUCUCAAAAAGGGAAUAAUAAUAAUAAUAAUAAUGAAGAAAUUAGUGAGAAGGAUGAAAAAACAAUAGCAUUUGUGAAGGUUUCCAUGGAUGGUGCACCUUACCUUCGUAAGGUAGAUUUAAAGAUGUACAAGAGUUACCAACAACUCUCUCAUUCUUUGACCAACAUGUUUAGCUCCUUCACUAUGGGUAAUUAUGGGUCCCAAGGAAUGAUAGAUUUUAUGAAUGAGAGGAAACUGAUGGAUGUCCUCAAUAGUUCUGACUAUGUACCAACCUAUGAAGAUAAGGAUGGGGAUUGGAUGCUUGUUGGAGAUGUACCUUGGCAAAUGUUUGUUGAUUCAUGCAAGCGUUUACGCAUAAUGAAAGGAUCAGAAGCUAUUGGACUAGCACCAAGAGCCAUGGAGAAAUGCAAGAACAGGAGCUGA